AUGGAGGGAGAGAGCGUACUGAACUCCACUGUAAAUACCAGUACAAUGGAUGACCACCUGGUCACUCACAGUCUCUGGGAGGUGAUCACCAUUGCAACUGUGUCGGCUAUAGUUAGCCUCAUCACCAUUGUGGGGAAUGUCCUGGUGAUGCUCUCCUUUAAGGUCAACAGCCAGCUGAAGACGGUGAAUAAUUACUACCUGUUGAGUCUGGCCGCUGCUGACCUCAUCAUAGGUGUUUUCUCCAUGAAUCUGUAUACCUCGUAUAUACUGAUGGGCUACUGGGCCUUAGGGAACCUUGCAUGUGACCUGUGGUUGGCGUUGGACUAUGUAGCCAGUAAUGCCUCAGUCAUGAACCUGUUGGUGAUCAGUUUCGACAGAUAUUUCUCCAUCACCAGACCUCUGACCUACAGGGCCAAGCGGACUCCAAAACGAGCUGGGAUCAUGAUAGGCUUGGCGUGGCUGGUGUCACUUGUUUUGUGGGCCCCACCUAUUCUCUGCUGGCAAUACUUUGUAGGAAAAAGGACUGUCCCUGAGAGGCAAUGCCAGAUUCAGUUUUUCUCCGAGCCUGUGAUAACCUUUGGGACAGCGAUCGCUGCCUUUUAUAUCCCCGUAUCAGUCAUGACAAUCCUAUACUGUCGAAUCUACAAGGAGACUGAGAAGAGGACCAAAGAUCUGGCGGAGCUGCAGGGGAUUAACUAUCCCACUGAGCCUGGGGUCCCCCAACCUCAGAAGACCAUUAUCAGAUCCUGUUUUAGCUGUAAAUUAAGAUCGACUUCACAUGACCGGAAUCAAGCCUCUUGGUCCUCCUCCAGCAGAAGCCAAGCGGCCAAAUCUGCGGCCACCACCAAUGACGAGUGGUCCAAAGCUGGUCAGCUGACCACUUUCAACAGUUACGCCUCGUCAGAGGACGAGGACAGGCCCGUGUCUCCAGGGGCCUUCCAGCCCUCUUUUAGGAAUCAAGCUUGUGAGACCAUCAAGAGUGGAGUGCGCAGCGAGAGCGAGCAGCUGAGCAGCUAUGAAGAGGAUAGCUUCUUCCAGACGCCGCCCAAAAGCAACUCUCAGAAGAGCAGCAAGUGCGUGUCCUACAAGUUCAAGCCCGUGGCCAAAGACACUCACGUGGAGAACCACAGCAAAAACGGAGACACCAAAAUGGCGUCGUCUACGUUCUCCUCGGCUGAGUCCAUGAGCGUCCCGUCCACCUCCUCGACGGUGAAGCCCAUAGACGCCACGUUGAAGAACCAGAUCACCAAGAGGAAGAGGAUGGUUCUGAUCAAGGAGAGGAAGGCAGCGCAGACUCUCAGCGCCAUCUUGCUGGCCUUCAUCUUAACAUGGACGCCGUAUAACAUCAUGGUGCUUAUUUCAACGUUCUGCUCAGACUGCAUUCCCCUCUCACUCUGGCAUCUGGGCUACUGGCUGUGCUACGUCAACAGCACCGUCAAUCCCAUGUGCUACGCCCUUUGUAACAAGACUUUCCAAAAGACCUUCCGUAUGCUCCUACUUUGCCAGUGGAAGAAGAAAAGGAUUGAGGAGAAACUAUACUGGUAUGGACAAAACCCUGUGGUCAGCUCCAAACUGACAUGAACUAUUUUUUUAUUUGAAAAUUAUGGCUGUAAAAUAUGUUUGUAUUGAUAAUAUUUGCUUCAUGAACUUGAAUUCCAAAGAGUAUCAAAAGUAUAAACAUUAUAUCAAGGAGCUGGUACAAUUUAUAAUGUUGAUCAUUAAUCAGUAGUUCUGCUAUAGUGUAUGUUAAUAACUGCUCAAAGUUUUGAAAUGACAGAACAAUAUAACAUUUUCCCAACUUGAUAAGUGACACUGUAAAUAUAUUCUAAAAUAGUUUUCAAAAUACCAGUAUUUCCUUCCAAAAUUGAGGCUCUUACAAAGGAUAUGCCGCCAAUACUCAAAUUAUUUCACAUUGUACUGCGUUUGUAUUUAACAUGCACAGUUUGAUAUCUGGAUCAUGAUCAAAUUGCUCCAAUCUAAUUAUUAAACUGCAUAUUGGUUUAAAAGUAUUUUUAAAAAAAAGCCAGAAUCCUUCCCCCAAAUUCUUGUACCUACACCCAAAAUGUACGUUCAAUUCUCUAGGUAUUGUGUUUGUAAUGAGGAUGCAUAUUUUGGAAUUGCAAUUUUUAUUUGAAGGGCUAUUACGUGUCGUCCUUAUGUCUGAACCUGCUUGCUAAGUCAAGAUUGUUACUUGAUGAUAAUGAUAAAUCAAAGCCUUUUCACACGUGCCAUUGUAAUUUGUCAGAUAAGCGAAUAUAGAUUCAGCUUUGUUGUUUUCACAUUAUAUGUUAUGCAUUUCCUGUCUGGCAAAAUCUCAGUGGAGAAUAAAGAGUAAUCAUUCCAUAAAUUAAAUGACAAAAAACUAAAAAUAACUCCAAACUGAAUCCGUCUGUUCGACCCUACAACCCUACAACUACAUGGCAAACUUGCUCAACAAUGUCAGUGUUUACAAUGGGAUUGUUUGUGGAGGAUUUAAAGGUACACAUUGUUUAUUAUAAACUGUUUAUUAGUCUUCAUCCUCAGGAUAUUUUUUCUUUGAGUAUUGAAAUACAGUAUUUGUUUUCUCUGUCAUCAUAUCUUCAUUGUGUUUCUGGCAAACUUGUAAUGUACUGUGGCAAAUAAAAUGCUGUUUGUGAAAUGUUCCUUCGUGUAAGCAUUGGAUAGGUCAUAAGCUAUAAUGUCAUGAAAAACCUUUUUUGUAACUGUGAUAAAUCUGCACUUGCUAUUUGAGGAAUUAUGAGACGCUUUGCUUCAUGUAUUGACAUGGUGAUCGAUGGAAACAAAGCUAGAGCUAAAACCGUACUGCAUUUUUAUACCGUGUUCCAAGUUUGUGAUUCAUUUGUUUGUUCUUUUCAGUAUUUUGUGAUCAUGUCCAUGCAUUUCUAAAUAAAAA